AUGGUGAAAUCAACGCAGAUCUCGAGACUGGAUGGUCUCAUGCUUUCUGCCUCUGUGGAUGAUGAACAGGCAGAGGCGCAAUUGGCCGAAGUCAAAGGGCAGGCGAAAAUGAUAUUCCGUCGAUUGAAUAGCAAUUCCGAACCAGAAGCAAGCAUCGAAUCUGGGCAAUACCAUUUACAUUAUAUUAUUAAGGAUGACAUCUGUUUCCUCUGCAUCUCAGACCGCUCGUACCCUCGAAAGCUCGCAUUCGCGUACCUGACAGAUAUCGCGAACGAAUUCACCACCACAUACCCUCCUACCCAAUAUCUAUCUUCCAACCUCCGUCCAUACGCAUUUGUUGAAUUUGACAGCUAUCUCCAGCGUAAAAGGAAGGCGUACCAAGAUAGUCGAGCUUCGGCAAAUCUUGAUAGGAUAACCGAUGAGCUCAAAGAUGUGAAGAAGGUAAUGACAAAAAAUAUUGAAGACCUCUUAUACCGAGGUGAUAGCUUGGAGCGCAUGGGAGAAAUGUCCGGGAGAUUAAGAGAAGAUAGCCGCAAAUAUCGAAAGGCUGCUGUGAGGAUAAACUGGGAAUUACUGAUAAAACAGUACGGUCCCUUCGGUGCUGUUGGCCUGCUUAUCAUUAUUCUGCUUUGGUGGCGAUUUUUCUAG